AUGAUUUUUUUAACUUUAUUGUUAUAUUUUUACAUAUCACUCACCACCUGUGAGUAUAUCACCGGAAUUUUUACAGAUUUUAAGUCUCUUGAAUGGAAUAAUGCUGCUAAUUAUGCGUAUUCGACUCCUUCUACUCCUAGUUGGGUUGUCACUAUGGGUUGGGAAAUGGAUUUCAACAAAGUCAAGCCAGGUGAUACAUUCGUUUUACAUAUGCCAUGUGUUUAUAAAUUCACCAGUGACUCAGAUAUUGUGCUGAUGAUUGCUGACAAUCAAGUUGUUGCUACUUGCACCAUGCACCCUGGUGACGUUGUGGUUGCUUAUUCUGAAUUGCAAUGCGUUGUUGAAGAUAAUCUCCUUGGGGCAGAAUCUGCCAGAGGUGAAAUUUCCUUCCCAAUUACCUUCAAUGUAGGUGGUUCACAUUCUGAUAUUGAUAUUUACUGUUCUUCAUAUUUCAAAUCAGGGUCCAAUAUAGUUACAUUUAAUGAUGGAAACAAUAGACUUUCGAAUGCAGCUCAGUUCAACAAGGAACAAUCAUUGAGUCCUAAUACCCUUGUGUAUAGAAAUAGAGUUGCUCCUACAAUGAAUUAUCAACAGAAUUUUGUAUUGGGUGCAAUUUGCAGCAGCGGCUAUACAUCUGGAACUAUUGGUAUUCAAGUCAACACAGCAGCGAAUAAGGAUAUCACUAUUGAUUGCAAUUCUGCUGGCUAUGGUUUCACAAACAAGAUGAAUGACUGGUACUUUCCAGAGAAUAGAUUUGUCGUCGGAACGGUUAAAGAAUCUUGUACGAAUCACGGGUAUACUGUAACCUACGAAAACGUUCCUCCAGGCUACAUUCCAUUUGCAUCGGCAGGUUUGCUUGCAAAAGUUGGUCAAAAAGCUAGUGUCACUUAUAUCCACAAAUUUCAAUGUCAAGGAAUCUCGAAUGAUAGGCUGAAAUCCAUCACUUGGUCAUCCUACUCAAAUAAUUCCCCUGGUGCAAAUGGGAUGGCGGUAUAUCUCGUUACAUCAACCCACACCGAAUCUACAACGAUGCUUUCGUAUGUCUCCUACAAAGAAGAUGCUCUUACCAAAACCCUUGUUGUACAUGUUCCUAUUCCUACUACGACAAUAACAAGCACCUGGGAUGAGGAGUAUACCGCUACCAAUAUUCAAGCAGCUGAAAUUGGUAAAACAGCCAUUAAAACCAUUAUUGUUCCACGUUCUUAUGAAAGUGUUACUGUUACGUGGGAGAGUGCUCAUACUGCAACUGAGACUUUGCGGGAUGGAGCUACUUUUACUGUGGCUGUGAAUGUGCCUAUUCCUACUACGACAAUCACUAGCACCUGGGAUAACGAAUAUACAGAAACCGGUACUCAAACAGCUAAAACUGGUGAAACAGCUACUGAAACCAUUAUUGUUCCACGUUCUUAUGAAACUGUUACUGUUACAUGGGAGAGUGCUCAUACUGCAACUGAGACUUUGCGGGAUGGAAAUACUUUCACUGUAGCUGUGAAUGUGCCUAUUCCUACUACGACAAUCACUAGCACCUGGGAUAACGAAUAUACAGAAACCGGUACUCAAACAGCUAAAACUGGUGAAACAGCUACUGAAACCAUUAUUGUUCCACGUUCUUAUGAAACUGUUACUGUUACAUGGGAGAGUGCUCAUACUGCAACUGAGACUUUGCGGGAUGGAGAUACUUUCACUGUAUCUGUGAAUGUGCCUAUUCCUACUACGACAAUCACUAGCACCUGGGAUAGCGAUUAUACAGAAACCAAUACUCAGAGAGCUAAAACUGGUGAAACAGCUACUGAAACCAUUAUUGUUCCACGUUCUUAUGAAACUGUUACUGUUACAUGGGAGAAUGAUCAUGCUACAACUGAGAUUUUGCUGGAUGGAAAUACUUUCACUGUAUCUGUGAAUGUGCCUAUUCCUACUACGACAAUCACUAGCACCUGGGAUAACGAAUAUACAGAAACCGGUACUCAAACAGCUAAAACUGGUGAAACAGCUACUGAAACCAUUAUUGUUCCACGUUCUUAUGAAACUGUUACUGUUACAUGGGAGAAUUCUCAUACUGCAGCUACGACUUUGCCUUGGAAAGAUGGAGAUACUGUCACUGUAUCUGUGAAUGUGCCUAUUCCUACUACGACAGUCUAUAGCACCUGGGAUGAAGAAUAUACAGAAACCGGUACUCAAACAGCUAAAACUGGUGAAACAGCUACUGAAACCAUUAUUGUUCCACGUUCUUAUGAAACUGUUACUGUUACAUGGGAGAGUGCUCAUACUGCAACUGAGACUUUGCGGGAUGGAAAUACUUUCACUGUAUCUGUGAAUGUGCCUAUUCCUACUACGACAAUCACUAGCACCUGGGAUAACGAAUAUACAGAAACCGGUACUCAAACAGCUAAAACUGGUGAAACAGCUACUGAAACCAUUAUUGUUCCACGUUCUUAUGAAACUGUUACUGUUACAUGGGAGAGUGCUCAUACUGCAACUGAGACUUUGCUGGAUGGAGAUACUUUCACUGUAUCUGUGAAUGUUCCUGUGCCAACCACUACAAUAUACACCACCUGGGAUAAGGAUUUUAUUGAAACUGUUAGUGGAUCGGCAGAGGUCGGAAAAACGGUGGUCGAAAUUAUCCAGAUUCCACGCUCAUAUGAAAUUGCUACUCAAACGUGGAUAAAUUCACAUACUGAAGUAUCUACAUUGCUUCUAGAAGAUGGUCCUACUGUUACUAUUGUCGUUUAUGUUCCAAUUCCUACUGUGACAGUGUACGUUAAUUGGGAUGAGGAUUUCACUGAAACAAUAGGUGUAACUGCAGAGAUUGGGGAAACAGCCGUUGAAACUAUCCUAGUGCCACGUCAAACAUCUACUGUUACAUGGACUAAUGCUCAUACUGAAAUUGUUACCUUGUCCGAAAACGUUGGAGAGUUUGAAUCAGUUAUCAUAUAUGUUCCAAUUCCUACUUCGACAGUAUACACAACUUGGGAAGAGGAUUACACUAGUAUAAUUCCUGGGUCUGCAAAGAUUGGUGAAACUGCCGUUGAAACUAUCCUAGUUCCGCAUGUCACAACCACAAUUACCUGGACUUACCCUUAUUCUACGUAUCUUACAAUAGCUGGUGGUCCAGGUUUGCCUGAAACAGUUAUCAUAUAUGUUCCCAUUCCUACUUCAACGGUAUAUGUCAGCUGGGAUGAGGAUUAUGCUACUACAAUUACCGGGUCUGCUGAAGUUGGUGAAAUCGCUGUCGAAACUGUCCAAGUUCCAAGAUCCUAUGAAACAUCCACGGUUACCUCGACCAAUUCUGAUACUGAAAUAGUUACCUUAGCACGGACAGUUGGAGAGCCUGGAUUAAUUAUCAUAUAUGAUCCAAUUCCUACAUCUACGGUAUACGAAGCUUGGGGCGAAGAUUAUACUAGUAUAAUUACUGGAUCUGCAGAGUUUGGGGAAACGGCGGUGGAAACUAUCCGAGUGCCACGUCAGACAUCUACUGUUACAUGGACUAAUGCUCUUACUGAAAUUGUUACCUUGUCAGAAAAAAUUGGAGAACCUGAAUCAGUUAUCAUAUAUGUUCCAAUUCCUACUUCUACGGUAUAUGCCAGCUGGGAUGAGGAUUAUGCUACUACAAUCACCGGGUCUGCUGAAGUUGGUGAAAUUGCUGUGGAAACUGUCCAAGUUCCAAGAUCCUAUGAAACAUCCACGGUUACCUGGACCAAUUCUCAUACUGAAAUUGUUACCUUACCAGGGAAAAUUGGAGAUCUUGAAUCAGUUAUCAUAUAUGUUCCAAUUCCUACUUCGACAGUAUACACAACUUGGGAAGAGGAUUACACUAGUAUAAUUCCUGGGUCUGCAAAGAUUGGUGAAACUGCCGUUGAAACUAUCCUAGUUCCGCAUGUCACAACCACAAUUACCUGGACUUACCCUUAUUCUACGUAUCUUACAAUAGCUGGUGGUCCAGGUUUGCCUGAAACAGUUAUCAUAUAUGUUCCCAUUCCUACUUCAACGGUAUAUGCCAACUGGGAUGAGAAUUAUGCUACUACAAUCACCGGGUCUGCUGAGGUUGGUGAGAUUGCUGUAGAAACUGUCCAAGUUCCUAGAUCCUAUGAAACAUCUGUCCAAACCUGGACCGGCUCAUAUACUGAAACUGUCACUGUACCUGGAGAAGAUGGAGAUGCUCCGACUGUUGUUAUCAAUGUUCCAAGUAGUAGGGUAUACACUAAUCAAUCCUCGUGUCAAGAUUUAGUUAGACGGGGUCUCAAUGGAAAUGAGACAAUAGUGAGAGUUUGCGACGGUUCUACGGUAUCAUCAACACUGGAAUACACCACAGAAACUGGAUUAUGGAGUACUGGAAGAUACCUGACUGACCUGUCAAGAGAUAUGAUUUGGUCUAACACAACAGUAUCGAAUGUACAGAAAACCAGAACAAUUACUUCAACUAUACGUCAACCUCAUGCAACCGAAUAUGGAGGUAAUGGUGGAAACAAAGGCGAUAAUAUCAGUCAUGGUGGAAACAAAGGCGAUAAUAUCAGUCAUGGUGGAAACAAAGGCGAUAAUAUAAGUCAUGGUAUGGUAACAAUUUGGGUCUCGCUGGACUCAAACGGUGGGGUUUCUACUGUUGUUGGAUCUGGUAAUGAUGGAGCUGGCAUAUUCGAAUCAUCGCUGUCUUCUUAUGCAGGGUCAGAUGAAGGAACGAUUGAAUUAUAUGACGAUAGUUUGAUCUAUUCUGAUUCUGCGUCUCACGUGUUUGCUGGUGUUGCUUUGUUGGUAAUUAGUCUUUUGUUUGAUGAAUUUCUUUGA